CACUCUGGCCAAGUUAGGAGCCGAGGAGGAGGAGAGGCUAGGGGAGGGAUGUUCACUCACUCCAUGCAUGCUGCAGAAUUAGCUCUCUCCCUCUGGGUCUGCUCUGCCUGCAGAGCUCAGCAGCACGGAGGGAGCAAGAGAGUGAGAUCCUGGAAUCUGCAACGAAAACCGAAAACCGUGACAGCCUGAAACACCCUGUGGUGCCAACCUCCAAAUUCUCAUCUGUCACUUCAGACCCUGACUGGCUGACAGAACAGCAGAAUUGCAGCUCCCUCCAAUAAACUUGAAUGUGCUUCUAGGCAAAGAAGCCAAGCUAACGAGGGAGGGGGGUGGAAGAGCUCCUCUUGGGCACUUGUCAAACUUUUACCUCCUGGCUGUGUGCAAAGAGGGGACUCAACUUCAGCUUCAAGCUACCAAGGCUCUGGACCCAACCACCUCUCAGCAGAUCUAGCCAGCAUGAAGGCUGUGCAUCUCUUCCUGUACGCCUUGGGAACCGCUGCCGCAAUCCCGACGAGUACAAGGUUUUUCUCUGAUCAUUCCAACCCAACUACCACAACACUGGUGACACUGGAAGAUGCUACAGUCCGCGUUGGGGAUGAAGCUACAGCAGAUGUAGAAAACCACCCCAACAACAAGGCUGUAAAACCUUCAGCACUGAAUUCAGAAGAGGAAAUCCAUGAGCAGUCAACAGAGCAGGACAAAACCUACAGCUUCGAGGUGGACCUGAAGGAUGAGGAGGAUGGAGAUGGGGAUUUAAGUGUAGAUCCGACAGAAGAAACGCUGGAUCUACAAAAAGGUACAAGUGAGCCUCAACAGAAAAGGCUCCCGGAGAACGCCGAUUUCCCCUCUACAGUGCCCACUUCCUUUGUGGAUCCUAACCGACAAGCAAAUGUUACAAAGGGAGAGGAGAGUCAGGAGCAACCUGUAAGUGACUCACACCAGCAACAGAAUGAGAACCACAAGCAGACCCAAGACUUAAUGGCUGAAGAAAGCCAGACACAAGAUCCAGGCAUUCCCAAUGAAGAAGAGGAAGAAGAGCCAGAAGAGAUUGGUGCCCCCAGUGAUGACCAAGAGGAGGAAAAAGAACUUCCCGAGGAGCAGCCUCCCAGCAAGUGGGAAGGAAACAGAGACCAAUCUGAUGGCACCUUAGAAGAGUCCAGUCAGCCAACUCAGAUAAGCAAGACACAGAAGAAUCAAUCUGAGCACGGAAACCAAGGGCAGGAGGGUGACUCUAAUGCAGAAGGGGAGGACAAGGCGGCAGGCAACAAGGAACACAUUCCGCAUACAGAGUGGCAGGGCCAAGAAGGGAAAGUUGACCUUGAAGCUAUUGGUAACCAGAAGGACACAGAUGAAAAGGCCGUUUCCACAGAACCUACUGAUGCUGCCAUGAGGAAUCAUGGAGCCAGUGAAAACGGGGGCAGUGAUGGCUCUAAGCAGGGUGCAGGCGAUGACUACUUCAUCCCCAGCCAGGAAUUCCUAGAGGCUGACAGAAUGCAUUCCCUCUCCUAUUACCUCAAAUACGGUGAGGAGACGACCAGCGAGAGUGAGAACCGAAGUGAGGCUGGAGACAACCAAGGGGCCAAGAAAGCUGAGAGCACACCAAAUGCUGAACCUUCAGAUGAGGGCAACUCAAGGGGGCACAGUGCUGAUUCUUGCACGAACUUCCAGUGUAAAAGGGGACACACUUGUAAAACUGAUCCACAAGGAAAACCCCACUGUGUUUGCCAAGAUCCAGAGACUUGUCCCCCUGCAAAAAUCCUUGAUCAAGCUUGUGGCACUGACAACCAGACCUACGCCAGCUCCUGUCACCUGUUUGCUGCCAAGUGCAGGCUGGAAGGGACCAAAAAGGGACACCAAUUGCAGUUGGAUUAUUUUGGAGCUUGCAAAUCUAUUCCUGCUUGUACGGACUUCGAAGUGGCUCAGUUUCCCCUGCGGAUGAGAGACUGGCUCAAAAAUAUCCUCAUGCAGCUUUAUGAGCCGAAUCCCAAACAUGGUGGCCAUCUAAAUGAGAAGCAAAGAAGUAAAGUCAAGAAAAUUUACCUGGAUGAGAAGAGACUCUUGGCUGGAGACCAUCCCAUUGAACUUCUCUUGAGGGACUUUAAGAAAAACUACCAUAUGUAUGUGUAUCCUGUGCACUGGCAGUUUAAUGAACUGGAUCAGCAUCCUGCAGACAGGAUCUUGACACAUUCUGAACUUGCUCCUCUGCGAGCUUCCCUGGUGCCCAUGGAACACUGCAUAACGCGCUUCUUUGAGGAGUGUGACCCCAACAAGGAUAAACACAUCACCUUGAAGGAAUGGGGCCACUGCUUUGGAAUUAAAGAGGAAGACAUAGAUGAAAAUCUCCUCUUUUGAAUGAAGGUUUGAGAGAAUCGAAACUUUCCAUCGCCUCACUUGCUUUAACUGCUUCGGAAAUACAAGCAGCGGCUGAAACUAUACAUCAAUACGUAGCAAAACAUUUGUUUGCAUGUAGGAGAAGACAAUGGUAGUAACUGCUUCUUGGUAAUUGCUUCUCCAUAUGUAUAUGUAUUAGCCAGGCACUUAACAUUAAGUUAGGAAAUAAACUUUAAAAUUAAGUAGGGUCAAUGUCUGUAAAAGACUGUCCUGUCUGCAGACAGUUAGCGAUGGCAAUGUCACUCUGUGCAUCUGCAUUUAUAAUUGAUAGUUGUAAACUAUUAAAAAGCAAUGUUCAUAUUGCCCAUAACACCUUAUGCAUGCUAAGGAACUGCUCUUUUGAGAUUAACAUGCCUCCUUUUCAGUGUCAUGAUGUCCUAAUAAAAAGUCUAUAAAACCUCAAAUGUCUGCUCAAGAUUAUUUCCGGUUUUUAAAACAGUCAAAUGUAAAAGACCAGCCCAGGGCUUAUGUUAGAGAAUAAAACAGAACUGUACUUGUUUACGACUGGAAAUAAAAAGUGCUUUUAAA